AUAAUGGUAUGACUAGUAAUCGUAGGAUUUCUAGUCAACUUAAAAAUUUAAUUACAUGCUUAUUGUCUCGCAAUGCUAAAAGUAGGCCAUCAUGUGAUGAGAUUUUAAAAUCUGUUGGUGACUUGCGUUCUACUUUUAUUAGUAUGGAGACCAUGAACGUUUACGAUGAA